AUGUCAGAUAAAAAAGACUUUAUAGAUAGUACAUUUAGAAAGAAAUGGGAUAGAGAAUACUAUGAACAAAGAGCAAGAGAUAGAGAAGCUGGUAUAUUGGUAGAUGAAGACGAUGAUGCAGCUGAACGAUCACUUAAAAAGGCAAAGCCAGCUGAAGAGUUGGUGUUGUACAAGGCAAGAGACCAAGACUUGAAUUUAAAGAGUAGAUUAGGAAAGAAUACUGUCAUUGAAGGUGUUACACCAGCUGAUCAACAAGGUGGUCUAUAUUGUCAACUUUGUGAACGUGGUUUUAAAGAUAGUAAUACAUUCUUGGAUCAUUUUAAUGGAAAAAGACAUACUAGAUUAUCAGGUAGUAGUAUGCAUGUACCUCAAGCAUCUCUAUCACAAGUACAAGCUAAAUUACAACAAGGGAAGGAAUCUUUAUUAAUUAAAAAACAAGCUCCAACUGUUGGAGGAGGAGGAGGAGGUUCAUCAACGACUAGCUCUUUGACAAAGAAUAGUGUCAUUACAAAUAAUAUUAAAGCUCAAACACCUGCCUAUCAAAGAAUAAUGAAAUCAAUGCAAGAUAAAAAGAAACAACAACAAGAGGAAGACGAACCAACAACAACUAAAAAUGAAAAGGAUGAAAAAGAAGAGGAAGAAGAAGAUGAAGAAACUAAAAUAAUGAAACAAAUGGGAAUACCAGGUAACUUUGGAUCAUCAACAUCAACUAAAAAUAAUAAUAUUAAUAAUAAUAAUAGUAAACAACUGGAAAAAGAAAAGGAAAAUAAUAAUAAUGGAAACAACAAAAAUAUUAAAGAAAAUAUUAAAGAAAAUAAUAAUAUUAAACAACCAGAAGAAAAAGAAGAAAAAGAAGUAGAACAAGAACAAGAGGAAGAAGAAGAAGAAGAUGAUGAAGAAACAAAAAUGAUGAAAAUGAUGGGAAUACCAAGUAACUUUGGAACAUCUAAAAAACGUUAA